AUGAAAAUUCUUAAUUUCAAUGUAGGACUAUUGGGUCACGUAGAUUCUGGGAAAACAUCUCUUGCAAAAGCUUUAAGCAGUAUUUCUAGUACUGCUGCUUUUGAUAAAGACCCACAAUCACAAGAAAGGGGUAUAACAUUAGAUUUAGGAUUUAGUUCAUUUAGUGCACCUGUACCUUCUCAUUUAACCAACUCACUUUUCGACAAAGUUCAGUAUACCUUAGUUGAUUGUCCUGGUCAUGCAUCAUUAAUAAAAACAAUUAUUGGUGGCUCACAUAUAAUUGAUUUGAUGAUUUUGGUUAUUGAUGCAUUUAAAGGAUUUCAAACUCAAACAUCAGAAUGCCUUAUACUUGGUGAAAUUAUGAAUAAAAAAAUGAUUGCAGUGUUAAAUAAGGUUGAUUUAUUAAAAGAUAAAAAUUCAAUAGAAAAAUUAAAAAAAAAAGUAGAAUUAACUUUAAAUGGCACAAUUUUUAAGGGAUGCCCCAUAGUAACUGCUUCUGCAUUAAACAAUGAUACAAAUGAAUUAACAGAUGCAUUAUUAAAAGCAACAUUCAUUCCUGAACGAAGUGCCGAUAAGCCAUUUUUGUUUGCCGUUGAUCAUUGUUUUGCAUUAAAGGGUAAAGGAACCAUACUAACAGGUACAGUUCUCCAGGGAAAAGCAAAAGUAAAUGAUGACAUCGAAAUUCCUUCCAUAGCUUUAACUCGUAAAAUUAAAUCAAUAGAAAUGUUUAAAACUCCAGUAGAUUCGAUAAUGCAAGGCGAUAGAGCUGGAAUAUGUGUAACAAAAUUUGAUCCGAAAACAUUAGAAAGAGGUUUAGCAUGCGAAUUAAAUUACUUGCCUAAAAUUUAUGCAGCCAUUAUUGAUUUUAAUAAAGUUAAAUAUUACAAAAGUGAUAUAUGUUCAAAAUCAAAUUUUCAUAUUAAUGUAGGAUAUGAAAAUGUCAUAGCCAAAAUAACUUUAUUCGGAUGUGAAAAAAAUUCAGGUACAGAUUAA